UGUUACUGGCGGCUCCCAAGAUGGCGUCCAUCAUGGAAGGGCCGCUCAGCAAGUGGACUAAUGUGAUGAAGGGCUGGCAGUACCGUUGGUUCGUGUUGGACUACAAUGCAGGGCUGCUCUCCUACUACACUUCCAAGGACAAAAUGAUGAGAGGCUCUCGCAGAGGAUGUGUUAGACUCAGAGGAGCUGUGAUUGGUAUAGACGAUGAGGACGACAGCACCUUCACAAUAACUGUUGAUCAGAAAACCUUCCAUUUCCAGGCUCGGGAUGCUGAUGAGCGAGAGAAGUGGAUACAUGCCUUAGAAGAAACAAUUCUUCGACAUACUCUCCAGCUUCAAGGUUUGGAUUCAGGAUUUGUUCCUAGUGUCCAAGAUUUUGAUAAGAAACUUACAGAGGCUGAUGCUUACCUACAAAUCUUGAUAGAACAAUUAAAGCUCUUUGAUGACAAACUGCAAAACUGCAAAGAUGAUGAACAGAGAAAGAAAAUUGAAACUCUCAAAGAGACAACAAAUGUAAAACAUGUAGAAUCAAUUAAACACUGCAUUGUGUUGCUGCAGAUUGCUAAAAGUACUAUUAAUCCUGUAGAUGCAAUAUAUCAGCCUAGUCCCUUGGAACCUGUGAUCAGCACAAUGCCUUCUCAGACUGUCUUACCUCCAGAACCUGUUCAGUUGUGUAAGUCAGAGCAGCGCCCAUCUUCGCUACCAGUUGGACCUGUCUUAGCUACCCUGGGACAUCAUCAGACUCCAACACCAAAUAGUACAGGCAGUGGGCACUCACCACCUAGUAGCAGUCUAACAUCUCCAAGCCAUGUCAACUUGUCUCCAAAUACAGUUCCAGAGUUCUCUUAUUCUAGCAGUGAGGAUGAAUUCUAUGAUGCUGAUGAAUUCCAUCAAAGCAGCUCAUCCCCAAAGCGCUUAAUUGAUUCCUCUGGAUCUGCCUCCGUUUUGACACAUAGCAGCUCAGGAAAUAGUCUAAAGCGCCCAGAUACCACAGAAUCACUGAAUUCUUCCAUGUCCAAUGGAACAAGUGAUGCUGACCUUUUCGACUCACAUGAUGACAGAGAUGACGAAGGGGAUGCAGGGUCAGUGGAAGAGCACAAGAGUGUUAUCAUGCAUCUCUUGUCACAAGUUAGGCUUGGAAUGGAUCUUACUAAGGUAGUUCUUCCAACAUUUAUUCUUGAAAGAAGAUCUCUUUUAGAGAUGUACGCAGACUUCUUUGCUCAUCCAGACCUGUUUGUGAGCAUUAGUGACCAGAAGGAUCCCAGGGAUCGAAUGGUUCAGGUUGUGAAAUGGUACCUCUCAGCCUUUCAUGCAGGAAGGAAAGGAUCAGUUGCCAAAAAGCCAUACAACCCUAUUUUGGGCGAGAUAUUUCAGUGUCAUUGGACAUUACCAAAUGACACUGAAGAGAACACAGAGCUAGUUUCAGAAGGACCGGUUCCUUGGGUUUCCAAAAACAGUGUAACAUUCGUGGCUGAGCAAGUUUCCCAUCAUCCACCCAUUUCAGCCUUCUAUGCUGAGUGUUUUAACAAGAAGAUACAAUUCAAUGCUCACAUAUGGACCAAAUCAAAAUUCCUUGGGAUGUCAAUUGGCGUACACAACAUAGGGCAGGGCUGUGUCUCUUGUCUAGAUUAUGACGAACAUUACAUUCUCACAUUUCCCAAUGGUUACGGAAGAUCUAUCCUCACAGUGCCCUGGGUGGAGCUAGGAGGAGAAUGCAAUAUUAACUGUUCCAAAACGGGCUAUAGUGCAAAUAUCAUCUUCCACACUAAACCUUUUUAUGGAGGCAAGAAGCACAGAAUUACUGCUGAGAUUUUUUCUCCAAAUGACAAGAAGUCUUUUUGCUCAGUUGAAGGAGAAUGGAAUGGUGUAAUGUAUGCAAAAUAUGCAACAGGGGAAAAUACAGUCUUUAUAGAUACCAAGAAGUUGCCUAUAAUCAAGAAAAAAGUGAGGAAGUUAGAAGAUCAGAAUGAGUAUGAAUCCCGCUGCCUUUGGAAAGAUGUCACUUUCAACUUAAAAAUCAGAGACAUUGAUGCUGCAACUGAAGCAAAGCACAGACUUGAAGAACGACAAAGAGCAGAAGCCCGAGAAAGGAAAGAGAAGGAAAUUCAAUGGGAGACAAGGUUAUUUCAUGAAGAUGGAGAAUGUUGGGUUUAUGAUGAACCAUUACUGAAACGUCUUGGAGCUGCCAAGCAUUAGGGCAUGGCAGUAGGCAUAAUUAAGCAACACUCUUCCUCUGGGAGAACCUGUUCACUCCCUUCUUACUGCAGUGGUUCCUAUCUCAGGGAUACUGGACUUUCUGAUGCAGAUGAACAAUUAAAGCAAGAAAAGCUUCCCCUUUUCCCUCUUCUGUGGCAGUUAUGUUGACUUGAGUCCUGAGAAAAACCUCAGGUUUUGAAAACAAGAUGUCUGCUCCUCUAAAUCCCACACUUUGAAAGGCAUUUAUAAAUCCCAGUCUCAGACUCUGCACUCUAAUACUGCUGUUGAGAUAUAUAUCUGUUUCCUAGUUCAUGUAAUCUUGGGUUCUAUAUAUAUCUAUAUCUAUAGAUAUAAAUAUAUAUACAUACACAUACAUAUAUAUACAUAUAUAAUAUACCUGAUGCCAGAUUUUGCAUAAAUACUACACCUGCUGUAAAUAUUGAUUCCUCUAAGUUGUUUUAGAAAAUUAGAGCAAUGUAUUAAAAUCAGCUGUUAGGAAAUUUCAUGGUCUCACCUACAAAAACUUUUUUUUUUUUUUGGAAUUAAACUAUUAUUAAAUUGUAUCUAACCCUGGACUAUAGUUUAAUUAUACUCAAUGCUGCUUAACCCUUCAUACAGUAAUUUUCCAAUCUUUUUUUUAAUGUGUUUUUUUUUUCAAAAAGAAUCUUUAUGGUUAAACCUGGAGCCAGGUAUUUGACAGCUUUGAAAACAGGAGCUAGCUUUUCACAAGAAUUCUGAAAUAGUAGAGGAUCCAUCCUUUUCCUCACCUAUCCCCUAUGUUGUACACUUUGUGUUCUGUUUUUAGGUCCCACCAUGCUGUUCUCCAAAGUCUUUAUUGAAUUCAUACAGCAGAUGUAGGGCUAACAUGACUUUCAUGACUUUCUCCAAAAAUAUCUGAUGGCCUUAGAAGGCUUGGAAAUAAUCCAUUUUUUUUACAUGCUGUUUCCCCACCCCACAUGAAACAAAAUAUUACAAUAAAAAGAAUGUCACAGCAGCAAAUGGCUCAUUCUGAAGGGAAAUACGAUACAGAACUAUCUUUAUUUAAAAAUACAUUUUAAAAAACAAAAGUGUUAACAUUAAUACCUAGCAAGUAGGUACUAAUAACACAUCAGUUACAUAGGGCUCUUAAAGGCUGACAUACAGAACUGGAUUCUCAAUCCAAGAGGACACAGGUAGACAGGAAGGGCUUCCUACUGCUGGAAGCUUUUUCAUCACACUUGGCCCACAUGCUAAUCUCUCUUUUCCAGCUGUUACAGUAACCCUGGGUUUGUUAGUCUCAACAGAGAAAGGAAAAAAUGUAAACCAAAUUCUAUGAUGCCAGUGCAAAAUGGAAGCCCAAAGGCAGUAGUAGUGUAACUUCAUAAAAUACAAACAUGUUUUUAAAUACACAUUG